UCUGGUAGUUGGGUAGGCCUGAAAUAGCAAACCUUCAUCAUAGGGAACCUUCAGCAUAGUGAACCCUUGGCAUACAUAUAUAGCCGACUUCGUCAUAGUCUUGCUUGUCUGUAUGUGUAGUAAACUCAAGUUGUAAAGGAAAGAGAAGAAAUCUCCAUUACUGAGAAAUAGUGAUUAGGAAUCUUGUAAAAGAUCCCAAUUUGUAUCAUAUUUCCUAAGAAAUUGCACUCCCACUUUCUCUUGAUAUCCUGGGUCUGCCAUUGCAGGGUUUAGUGGAUAAUAAAUGUGUUUUUUUAUGAUAUUGCAAACUACCUGGCAAUCUGAAAAUAUUUAUCUUUCAAUCAUUUCAUUGAGGACAGUUUUCCUGUUAUGAAAUUAAAUACUUAAUACAUUAUUAGCCAGUUUUAAUAAAUACAAGUUGAGCUCAGAUCCUACUGCUAACCCAGAAUACUUGUGUGUGUUCUCUCCUAGGGCUGUCUACAGCUACCAGCAGUUGGGGACAGCAGUGGACAUCAAUGAAAUGGAUCCAGAAAUAUUUGAACAGAUACUGGACUACAUCUACACCUCUGUCAUCAUGAUGGAUGAAGAGAACAUCCAGGAUAUCUUACAGGCAGCAGAUAUUUUGCUGAUGGCUGACCUGAAGGAUUUGUGCUGUGACUACUUGGAACAGUGUAUCUCUGUCCAGAAUGUCCUGGGGGUUCAGGAGUUUGCAGAGAGGUUCUCCUGUCCCAGGGUUUACCAUGCAGCCACUUUGUUCCUGGAUGAACAUUUCAGUCAAAUAAUCGAUGGUGAAGAGUUUCUCCAACUGUCUGCAGAGAAAACUAUGAAAUUGCUGCAACGAGAUUCCAUCAAUUCAGUCAAUGAAGAGACCAUAUUUGACUGCAUCAUUAGAUGGUGUGGCCAAGAAAGUGAACGUCUGUCAAACUUGAAAAUCCUCCUGUCAUCUUGUUUGAGGAUAGGGGCCCUGCCUGAUGCCUAUUUCCAGGACCAUGUGCUGGGGAACAGGCUGGUGAAGGAGGCCCAGCUGGAGAUGUUCCUACAGAGAAGCAGGGAGGAGCGACCAGAGUGGAUGAGGAGAGGAUACUCUGAGGUCUUAGUUGCUGUUGGUGGGGAGGGGCCUGUUGAAGGGAAUGAUCCCGUGGUGGAAGUGAAGGCUACAGUGACUUGUGUAGUACCACCAAACAGCUCUCAGACCCAGACAGGACACAGGGUCAGUUGGAUACCUCUGAAGCCACUCCUGGCACCCAGGGCUGGCCAUAGUGUGGUCAGCGCAGGUGGCUACAUUUAUGCCAUAGGGGGGCGAGAUGCCAGUGGCCAUAUUGUAAACACCGGUGAACGUUAUUGUCCACACAACAACCAGUGGACAAGUAUAGCCCCCAUGUCUCAUGCCAGAGUGGGCUUUGGCCUGACUGCCAUUGAUGAUCAUAUUUAUGCUUUAGGAGGCAGCAAUGAUAUGUCAGAUCCACUGACCAGUGUGGAAGAGUAUAACAUAUACACAAAUAAAUGGAGAACAGUGUCUGGUAUGAACCUUAAACGAGCAUGGUCAGCUUUUGCUGUGCUAGAUAAAAAAAUUUACGUCCUAGGAGGGGGGAUUAUGGGUAAACUUUACGAAGCUGUAGAAUGUUAUGAUCCCAAAUGUGAAACUUGGUACUCAGUACCUCCCAUGAAAGAGCGACGUUUUGAUGCUCGAGCUGUAGGACACAAGGGCAGUGUAUAUGUAUUUGGAGGCUUACGUCGACUUGCAUGCCCAGGUGCAUCACACAAUGGUGCAGCCAUGAGAUUUUGUGACACAGAAGUAUUUCCCAGGGAACUGCAGAACUGGACCGUGAUGCCCUCUGCCAGAUCAGGAAUGUGCACCAUGUCUGAGGUUUCACAUGUAGAUGGUGCUGUUUCUUUUCAAGAUGAGAUCUUGGUGUGUGGUGAAUUGGAUGUUGGUGGGGUUUAUCACUUUGCUCGAGCUUAUGACCAUAGGACAGAUAGCUGGAGAGGUGUGAUUCUGAAUCAUCCACCCGGUCAAAGAGGAAUGCAACUAACUAGUGUCAAAAUUCCCAAUGCUUUUUUACACAAUUUAAUGUGGAGCCAAGAAACUGCAAACUGAGUAGGAAAUGUAAUUGCUUCUUUACGCUGAAAAUGAUAUUUUAAAUGUUUAUUAGCAAUUUUUCAAAAAUAUAUACUAGUGUAUAAAGGAAGAACUCCUUCCAUUGGUCAUUAGAGAUUAAGAAUCUUUGAGCCAUUUGCCAGCAAGGAAUAUACAUUAAUGCAGGUAAUUAGUGAAUAUGAAAUUGGGCGGGUUGCCAGACUGCAUUGACAUGCUUCAGCAAGCAGUUAGUGAAGAAGAAAUUAUUUGGUUUGUUACAAGGGAAAAUCACUUAGCUUGUACAAGGAUAAAUUUUGAAUUGAAGUCCAUAAGGUAAUUUGAAAGAUUAUUUAUGUUAGUUACCAGCAACAAAGUUGGCUUGUCAAACAAGAAAUAUUUAACAGUGCCCAAUGCCAUGAAUUUCAAUUUAGAUAUUUAAUGGUUUUCUAUCUGUGUUUGAUAUUGCCCCAAAGUCAUAUUUUUUUGAUGUCUACAUAUCCUGCAUAUCUGUCUUUCUCAGUUCUGACCCUAAAAAAAUUAAAACCCCUAAAAUAAAAGUACCUGAUAUCAGUAUUUUUCUUUUGAAGCUUGUAGCAAUUUGUUGAGCAAUGUUUUGCAAUAUGGAGAAUUUUUUAAAGAAAAAUUCUAUUUAUCAGUAAUCUCAGCUAGGAUACCUUAAAAUUAUUUAUAUCAAAAUGAAAAUAGCUUUACUAGGAUAAUCUCAAAAUGUUUUUCAUUAAUAUUUUAAUCUGUUACUGAUAGUUAAAGAUAAAGUAAGAGAAAGAGCAAAUGCCCUGUAACAUAUUAUCAGUACCAUUUUCUUACAUAACAAAUAAAGUCAACAUGCCAAAAAACCAAAAGUUAUCACUCAGGCAGCUAAAAAGCUUUAAAAUGGCACCUUCUAAUAUGAUCUAUCAGCUGCUUUUUUCUUUCAGUCUGUAAUACACAGAAACCAGAAAAAAUUGUUCGGUUAUCAUUUUAAAGAUAGGUAAUGAAACUUUCAUUUUUCAGCUCUACUAUUUGAAAAUCUAUGGUGCUAUUGUUCAGGGUUAUCAGCAAUAACUUGACAUAUGUACUUGGUUAAUAUGCAGCUUUAAUCUUGACUCCUAAAGAUUGGAAUAUGUUUUAGAGAACAUUCACAACCAGUUGAUCUACAGACUAAACAGCCUGUGGAACAAAUAGGGCGCACACUAGAAAGCAAGCUGCGUAAUCUCACAACAAGUAUGUAAUGGCUUCUCAGCCCCCCACGGGCACCAUUUCAGCGGGGGCAGAGCAAUUAAAUCUUGACACAUGCUUUCAAGUGGGUCGAGCUAGGGGCAUUCAAUAGCUUUUAUGCAGUAGUAAAUAUUCUCAUUCUAACAUUUAAACCAUAUUUUUAAAAAGAAAAAAAAGCUGUACACUGCACCGUUUUAUCCAUUUCAAUUACAUGAUAACUUUCAAUGAUUUCAUCAUGUAAACAUUUAUUUUUCUCCCUUAAACUCUCAAUGUGCAGUGUUGUGUCUCUUAUUUAUUUUUUAAAUUGGCUAUAGCCAUUUUAAGGUCAGGGUAGUUUGAGAAACAAUCUCCUGAAAACAACCUUACCUGACAUAAUUACAAAUUGCCAAGCUUGUUUUAUUAUUGGUGCAUUAACAAUUUUUAAUGCUGAUAGUACAUAGUUUGCUCAUAAAAAAAUGAGGAUUUGCUCUUUUAAGUUCCUCCGAGCAUUUAUUGUAGUAUUUACCCAAUUCUACUUUGUCUUAUUUACAACAGAUAACUUCUGAGGAGAAUGUCCCGUUUGUUUAUGACGUAGAAUAGUAUGUAUACUGCAAUGUGCUGAACUGAAACAUAGACCUGUUAAAUAUCAGGAAUUCCAUCUUUACCAUAUAUUGGUGUCUCAGCAAAAUAAUAUUAGCAGUACAGAUAAAUAAAUGUUUCUAUCUGUUGUUCAAAAAAAGAGAUGUGAUAAAGCAGUGAAGUGGAUAGCAAUCACUCAUCACAGAGCAGAGAUGCAGUAUCCAGUCACGUUGAACAUGGUAUUGUUUAUACAUGCAAAUGUGUAUACUGGUAAUAUAUAGAAAACUUUAUCAUAAUUUUUAUGUAUUUGAAUUUCACCAUUCAAGUUGCAAUACCGUAGUUUUUUCUACUACAUGGUCUGUGUCCCAAGGUUCUCUGAGUUUUACAAUUUUAAAAAAAAUCCUAAGACUCUUGUGACUUAAGUUGAGCUUAAGUUAUAUUUUAACAAAAGGUUACUAUAGAUUUAAGGAAAGUAAUAAGACCAUUUUCACUUAUUGAAGGGCAUGUAUCUAGCUCUUGCCAAAGACGGCCCCAGUGGCUGGGUUGCACUUAGUUGAAUAAAAUGUAACGGUAGCAAGUGGCUGGGGGGGGGGGAGGUUGACAUAGUAACGAAAAAUGCUGACAUAACACAAAGGAAACUUGAAAGAUAAUAUUUUUGGUUGCAGAAGGGCAUCUAGCUAGUUCUUGCCAAGGCUGGGCCACAUUGGUUGGAAUACAGUGUAACAGUUGAGGAUUUUUGACGUUUAGUGAAAAUAGUUCAACAGUGUGAGUUGCUUUACAUUUUUGUAGUUUUAUUUCAUGUUAAAAAUAUGUCUGGUGUGACUGUAUUGUGAAAGAAAAUAUACUGUAUAAACAACUUAACUGCACAUUUUAUUCAGCUAUGUCACUACAUUUUAUCCACACAACUAAUUUGACAGUGCUGCAGUAAGAUAUAUUCUAUAUCUAAAAGAUUUCAAUCAACAUAAGUAAACAUAAAGUUGUCCUGUAGUUGAUAUAAGUAGAAUGUUGAACAUAU